AUGGCCACCGGAGCCCGGGCCCCUGGAGCACAGACCCCUGGAGCUCAGGCACCUGGAGCCCAGGCCAGAGGGGAGCAGCUCCUGGAGGUGUCCAGCGGGAGGCGCAGCAGAGCUGAGGGCCAGCCCAGGAAGAACUUCUGCUGCCAACAGUGUGAGAAGGCCUUCAACAGUCUGGAGAAGCUCAAGGUGCACUCCUACUCCCACACGGGAGAGAGGCCCUUCAGCUGCUCACAGCCAGACUGCUCCAAGGCCUUUGUGUCUAAGUACAAGCUGCUACGGUUGUGCUUGUUUAUGCUGAUCUGUAUAUUGGGGGGUGGUGGGAUGUUGUGGGGGGGGGGGGGGGGGGGGGGGGGGGGGGGGGGGGGGGGGGGGGGGGGGGGGGGGGGGGGGGGGUAA